ACCUGAGUUACAAAAGAGUUGCAGCUCCUCCGCCAUUCACUUGGUAGCCAUCAGUCUUGAUAUAUUAAAGGAAAACAAAGUAAAGGAACAAUCCUGGAAAACUCUUUAAGGAACUUUUGAUUAAGUAACAAGAUCCAGCCAGGUUGGGGAAGAAACACACCUGUGCUUAGUGAACUCUAAACCCUGAAAUCUUGAAAAGUGAACUUCUCAGCCUCUCGUCUUGCUGUGCGCAACUAUGCCGGGAGUCAUGGAUCGUAUGGAACUGAGGAAAGUCUCCACGGAGGCUGAUGAUGACAGCACCGUGAGCCUGAACGACUGCUACACAGAACCCAUCGACUCUGAUAAGGCCACCAUUGACAGUCAGUUUCUGGAUGACAACGAUGAUGCAGAAAGCCAGAAGUUUCUGGCAAAUGGGAUGAUGAAGAAGAAGAAAUUCGAGGAAUACCAUGAAGAAUAUCACCCCGGCCACACAUCCUUCGGGAUGUCUGUUUUCAACUUGAGCAACGCCAUCAUGGGAAGCGGCAUUCUGGGCCUGUCUUUCGCCAUGGCGAACACAGGCAUCGUGCUCUUUACAAUCCUCCUCUUCGGUGUGGCCAUCCUCUCCUUAUAUUCUGUACAUCUGCUCCUUGUGACAGCUAAAGAAGGAGGAUCCCUCAUCUAUGAGAAGCUGGGCGAGAGAGCGUUCGGCUGGCCCGGGAAAAUUGCAGCAUUCGGAUCGAUAAUUAUGCAGAACAUUGGAGCCAUGUCCAGCUAUCUCUUUAUCGUGAAGUAUGAGCUGCCUGAAGUCAUCCGGGCCUUCCUGGCAUUAGAAGAAAACUCUGGUGAAUGGUACCUGAACGGAAACUACCUGGUGGUGUUUGUCUCCAUCGGAGUCAUUCUGCCUUUGUCUCUCCUUAAAAACCUGGGCUACCUGGGCUACACCAGCGGCUUUUCCCUUUCCUGCAUGGUCUUCUUCCUGGGUGUGGUGAUUUACAAGAAGACCCAGCUUCCCUGCCCUCUGCCCUUCUUCUACCACCACUCGAGCAACCUCAGCAUGAAUGGCUCAGACCUGCCUGGGCUGUACCCGCCACUAAACAGCUCAGCUCACAUGGAUUUCUCACGUGCCGACGUUUCCCCGGCAGCUCUCGGCAGCCACGACGCUCAUCACUCCACCGGCGUCCACUUCCAGCCUCACCCUGACGACGAGGAAAUGUGCACGCCUAAAUACUUUGUCUUCAACUCACAGACUGCAUACACUGUGCCCAUCCUGGCCUUUGCCUUUGUCUGCCACCCUGAGGUCCUGCCCAUCUACAGUGAGCUGAAAGAUCGUACCCGGAAAAAGAUGCAGAACGUCUCCAAUCUAUCCAUCUUAACUAUGCUUAUCAUGUACAUGCUGUCAGCAUUGUUCGGCUAUCUCACCUUUUAUGACAACGUGGAGGCCGAGUUGCUCCACACCUUCACCAAGGUGUACAAGUUCGAUACCAUGUUGCUGCUGGUGCGUUUGGCUGUUCUCACCGCAGUCACUCUGACUGUCCCCAUCGUCCUGUUCCCUAUCCGCUCCUCCAUCACCACACUGCUGUUCAGCAAGCGAGAGUUCAGCUGGACUCGCCACAUGCUGAUUGCCGCUGCCAUCCUGGCAUUCAACAACAUGUUGGUCAUCUUCGUGCCCACCAUCAGAGACAUCUUUGGCUUCAUCGGUUCAUCUGCAGCCACUAUGCUCAUCUUCAUCCUCCCUGCUGCCUUUUACCUCCGCCUGGUGAAAACAGUGCCGUUCCGCUCCCCACAGAAGAUUGGAGCGGCCAUCUUCCUAGUCGUGGGAAUCAUCUUCAUGAUUGGCAGCUUGUCACUCAUCGUGCUCGACUGGAUCCACAACCCACCGGGCUCCAGCGGUGGUCACUAAGCCUCCACUUGUCUCCUUUGAUUCGCAUUUAAGAGUGCAGCAAACCCCCUCCCUUACCUUCAUCAACUCUCAAACAUUAUUAAUGAAACCACAACGUAUGGACACAAUGUUCUGCACUGGGUUAAGACAUCUUGAGUUUUCCCUCCACAGAAUCUCACUGGAGGGACUUUUUUCUGCCCUGUUUCAAUUUUUGUUUUUUGUUGCUGUAAAGUUCUGGAUGUGAUACAACACAAACGAGAGAAUCAAAUCCCAGAGAAAGAGGAAGCAGACUGGUUUAAUCAUUAUCGAUAUCAUUAUUUUCAGCGAUAAAGAGACAGAACAAUCACACGCGAUGCAGCCCUCACCUGAAGCAGAUCUGUGAACUGCCGUUUGUAGGGCUGGAAAGACGAUACGAGUCCUUCUGUCCUCUGGACUUGAAGGAGACAUUUGAGGGUGGAAGUGUGUCGUCCUCCAUGAAACAAGGAGCACUUUGUGUGUACAGCUAACGCACACACAUAUACACACACACACACACACACACACACACACACAUAGACAUAAACUUGUAUUUUCAAGCAACUAGCCACAGAAAAUCCCUGAAAUUAAAGCAGUCGGCACAUCUAAAGAAAAGCGUUUAAUCAGUAACGUCAUUCGAUCAUGUUGAACUUGGAUUCAGGAUCAUUUGUUUUACUUCACUGCUCUGCUUCAAGUUAACAAUCAGAAACUUUGCCAAAGUCUUCAUGCACAUACAGUUUUAGUCGAUCAGAGCUUCCUCGCCAGCUGUUUUUAUCCUAGCUGUGUACACAAAGUGUAGAGAUUCUUUCAGUAUUACUGUCACAGAGGGAUCUGAACAUGCAAGCUAUCUAUGUACAUAAUGAAGUGUGUCUACUUAAAAAGAUGUAUUGUAGGCUACAUAAUAUCUUACUUGACCUCAUACACACGGCAUAUACACACAGCUGGAAUAAUUUAUUAGGCAUGAGAGGACAGUGAGGUAUAUAAAACCACAGGUUAUUAUUUUUAGAAGUAAUUCAUUGGCAAAAUGUGUUUUUAAAAAAUAUUUGAAACAUGCUGAAAAUUCAACUAAGCCAAAUGUGAAAUAGUUCAUUUUAAAUGGUUCAAUUCAAGUUGCCAAGAUUGUAAAAAAUGUUUUCAACUCGUGCCAUAACUAUCAUCGUCACCGCCGGAUAAUAAUUCACACAUAGCAAUGUGAUUAUGUGCUAUUCAACUUCAAAGAACAGUUUGAUGUCUUGGGAGAUGCACUUAUUCAUCGAGAUUGAGAUGAGGCGAUUAUCACUACUAGCAGGAGGAUGUGACUGUAUGAGACUGUAAAAUUAGCUCAAAAACUGUGCUGCUGACCCAGUUUCUUGCUAAAAUUCUAAAAUUUCAGUCUUAAAAUGGAAAAGACAAAUUCAGAUAGUGUGUUUUGCAGCUAACCUCUGUUUCGUUGAGGUCUGUUAAUAUCAAUGAAACGAUUGAUCACCCGGUAGUAACGUAAUCUCACGUAACGUCAACAAUUACAUCACAACUUUAACAGGAUUUUUUAUAAUUAUUAUUAUUAUUGUGCCUUCUGCAUUUUUCUCCUUAUAUUUGGCUGUGUCUCUGGUAGAAUAACAACAUCAGAACCUCAUCUCGCCUCUUCUCCAAUGCCGUUUCGUUACAUUAAUAGAUCCUUUGCGGAUCUAUGUACGUGAAACAAAUAGAUAUUUCAAAUGAAAUAGUGUAUUAUGUGCAUGUUUUUGGAUUACAAACAUGGUCUUUUUGGACAAUUGUAUAUGCUCUGUAAAUAAUCGUUAUUUUAUGGUACACUGACACUCAUUGUCUGUGAGUGGGUUGUUGGGGGAUUCUGCCUUACAAGUCUUCUGCAAUCCUGUGUUUGUUUUAGUAUAUAUAAAUAUAUAUAUAACGUAUGUUAGAUCUUUUUUUUCCUCUUACUGUCUGACAGUAUGUUUUUUCCUUUUAUUUGAAGCUUGUAUAUUUGUAGAAAAACUGGUCUCUAUAUAUCCAUUUUCAUGUUUUAAUGUUAACAUGUCAUAUCAGGACGAAAUUAAUCAACAGCCUACUUCAUAUCAUAAACGCAGAAACACGUUUUUUCAAGUUAUUGGCUCCUGCUGACCAACGCUGGGUUGAUGAUAAAGCCACAAGUAAGCAGUAUUGAUGGUGUUAGUGCUGUGACACCUAACAGAAGCAAGAUGAAGUAUUUCAUGACAACACUACAGGAAGGUUCCAACAGGACAGAACACCUCGAUCAUUUGUAAAAAGAGCUCACGGUCCUACUAUUAUUUAUCGUAUGGCAUCACGUAUGCUAGCGUGACGCACUACAGAAAGAAAACCUUCCUGUGCUUGCCAGUUCUGAAGCUCGACCAGGACAAUCGUACACAGUUCUAGUUUAUACCUUACUGUGGCUUCUAAUUUAUAUCACUGCUCUCAUAGAAGAAACCUUUUCAUACUCAGUUGUUGGUGAGGUUUUAUUUCCAUGACAUUACUUGAACUGAAGCUUUCCACGGCCUGAUAAAGUCUGCAAGCUUCAUGACCGAAGGUUCCACACGGCCCCUUCAGUACUCAUUAUGAAUGUCCAAUAACUGAUUGUUCUUAAUUUCAAAAUCUGGCUCACUCUCUUUGGCUGUAACUUCAUUCAUCUCCUGCUGUCAGUGGCUUGUGACUGCUCAUUGGCAACAGGUUGCAACAGGUUGGGUUCUUCCUCAGGUUGGGUUUUUUAAAUUGCUCUUUUUACUAAGAACGACGAGAGGCGGCAGGUUUUCAGCAGAAUGCCCCCAACACCUCUUUAGUAUCUCAGGUCUGGAUGAAUUUUCUUCUCACUUUUGGAUAACUUCAAAUCUGUUCACCUUUUGCAUGAUUGAGCCAAGCUGUACAAUGAUGUUGUAUAUUGUGCUCGUCUAGAUGAAGUUCCGAGCUAAUUCUGACAGUGUUUAGAAAAGAGAUGUGCAGAACCACCUGCCUUAUUUUUGUAUGACACUCAGCCGUGGAGAAGCCCUUUCUCAAUGUUUCUGCUGUUCAGUGUCUCUGCUUCCUGUGGAUCAGGCUGAACAUUCAGAUUUGUAAUUUUACCCAGACAAAGGGGAUGUUUUUUGUAUCAGUGAUGCUGUUUCAUUAUGAUGAACAAUAAAAAUGUGAAAUGAAAAUAA